AUUAACACUUAAUAAAACUCCAAGGAAUGUCAUCGAGCCCGUCACCAAUCCACCCACAGUGAAACGGGACUCAAUGGGCAAAGCUGAAUGUGGAAGCUCAAAACUUGGAGCUCCAGGUGAACUAUCUAAUUUGUGUUUGUGUGUGUGUUCGGAACUAUGGAAAUUGAGGAGUGUCGGGAGAUCCAUCUUGAUCGGAAGCCCGCGAUUGCACGGACGACAAAAAAUUUUCAGCUUUGAAUGUUGGACAAGAAGUAGAUCUUGGUAUUGAUGACCUUGAUCUCUUGCCUGACCUCCAUCAAUCAAUGGAGGCUGAACCAACACAAUUAAGGGGCAAGUAUAAUCUACAAAAAAGUCUUGUUUGGGACUCUGCCUUCUUCACUAGCAUUGGGGUGAUAGAUGCAGAAGAAUUGUCGAGCAUGAUUACCGGAGCAGAUAAGAGUGAAAAGAAACUCUUACCUGGCAUUCAAGAAGAUAUUACAGUAUCAAUUGAGUCAAUUUCAAGCCUUGAAAGUUAUCAUUUUGAUCUGGAAACUCUUGAGUAGGAAUUGAUUGUUGACAUUAGAGCUUCUAUACAGAGAUCGAAUAAAAAAAGUACCCAAUUUGACACGCUUAAGUGAUAAGAAGGGGAACGUAGAGGUUGACAGUUCGUCCAUUUCAUGUAAGCAGUUUCAUCAAUUGUACCUCUUUUUAUUUGGGUAGACAAGAAGAUUUAUUUCAAUUUUGCAUGAUUUGUUUCUAUUUUUGCAUCAUGUAUGUUAAGAUUCUCUUUUACUUUUUAAUUCUCUAUUGAUUUGAAUGUAUGUUUCUGGAGUGUUUCAGUGGUUAGCAAUGCUAAGGUUUUUGUGUUGAUUCUUAUUUAUAUGGCCACACAAGUAGAUUUUAAGGUUUACAUAAUUUUUUUUUUUUCUAUUUUCGCAAUGCAUAUGAAAAUUUUCCUCUGUCUUUCAUGCUCUGAUCUGGAUAUUUUUUAUAUAGAGUACUUGAGUAGCUGUCAAGUUUAAGACCAAAAUCUGGUUGGAAGUCCUGUAUCUUAAUUAUUGGCUUGAGGACACACCUUUCAGUAGGAAAAAUUUGAUUUAGCAUGUCAAAAUAGUUGUUGAGAUCUAAGCUUUCUACUCCCACUAUUUGUUUUCUUUCCUGCUUUACUUGUUUCUUUGAUCAAAUAAGUUUUCUCAAUUUCAUAUUUAUUUGUCAAAUUGUUCUGACAUGCAAUGCAGCUCUGAAAAAUGAAUGCGUCACUCGUAGAUCCCAAGACUAGUGCCCCAGAAACUGCUACGAUGCCAAAGUCUCUAGUAAAACAAAAUGUUCAGCGGCAAGCAUUGAGAACGGGAAUCAAGCAAGAUUCUGGUCAUCCACAGAUGCCAUAUGUUGCUAAGAAUGGUGAUAAAAAAUUAACACUUGGUAAAACUCCAAGGAAUAUCAUCAAGCCCGUCUCCAAUCCAACUACAAUGAAACGGGACUCAAUGGGCAAAUCUGAAUGUGGAAGCUCAAAACUUGGAGCUCCAGUGACUACUACAAGUAAAGGAAGUCAACUCCCAAAAGUAGGUGUUGAUGUUGCCAAGGCCUGCAGUGCUAGCCAUCGAAGACUUCUCUAACGAAUUCUUCUACUUCAGGCAGAGGGCAGUUGAGUCCACUAGAUCCUCCACAUCAAGCAACACAUACAUGUAUGUCACAAUGCAGAGUUUUUUUUUUCAAUUCAUUCAUUCAAUCAUUUAAAUUGAUUUUGGAUAUGGUGUCGUGCAAAACUUUGAGGGAGGAGGUGCCUUUGUAUGACUCUAAAUUUCAAAAAAUACAUAGAUUGUACCUUAAUCUUUUUUACACGUCUACAAGAAUGAAAUUCUACCCG